CGUCUGACAGCGAUAAGCAAUUGACAAGAGGGAAAAAGCCAAUGGCGGAUUUUUUAGCUGCCUUUGGCGGGAUAACAACAGUGCGUGACAGGCCUUCCGUUGUUCGCGCGGUAUAACUCGUUCCGUUCAAAACUGUUUCGUGCUAUUCGUGGGCCGCGUUGGGCGAUCGCUUGCUUCUUCACCCGGACUCGUGCGGACGGGCACGGCAACACAGGCCCUGUGUAUCCUUCCCUCCUCCCCCCCCGGGUCCACCGUGUCACACGUUCCCGUGGCCAGUUUCUUUGAGAUAAACCAAUCGCCCCCCGGGUAGGCAGGCUGUGUGAAGAGAUUAGAAGCGACCAAGAAGAAGUUGCGAUCUGGCGCGUAAGAUAAAUAAUCGAAGCCAUCCGUUCGACUGCCCGUGACCAUAUUUAGAACAUCACUAGCUUAAAGCCGGAGGAAGGAUGCAUGUUUGGUGUGGUAUGGUGCGAACUUGAAGCUUGGAGGCGAACGAAUAAUGUUGGUGCAGCAAGGUGAUUCAAACGCGAUAAUACCACCACCGGGCAUUAGGUUAGCGAGGUAACGCACGGUGCGAUAGAUGACGGACGAACCGCCGGGACACUCCGGUACAGUGAGCAUGAGCGAACCGAAGAAAGCGACCAAACGGUCCAGAAUGAGCGACAGCAAGCAGCAGCGGGCCAAGACGCUGGCACUUCGGGGCCUUUCGUCGCCUACUCCGAGUACGUUGCUGGAGGAGGAUGACGAUGGUGAGUUUGAGCCGACCUCGAAACGACGGUUCGACAAAUCGCUCACCAUGCUGACGCGGAGCGUGGUGAAGAUGCUGCGGGAAACACCGGACGGCGUGCUGUACCUGCGUGAUGUGUCAUCGACUUUAUCCAACCGACAGAAGCGACGCAUCUACGACGUUACGAACGUGCUGGAAGGCAUUGGGCUGGUGAAGAAGCAGGUCAAAAACCACAUCAAAUGGGUUGGCGAAGAGCUGACGACGGAAUCAUGCCUCGGUACGGCGCGCCAAAUCGGCGUACACAUGCGAAAGCGCCGCCAGUUGGAGCUGCGGGAAGCGUGGUUCGAUGCGCAGCUGGAGGCAAUGCGCAAAAGCACGCAAAUGCUGCACGCGGAUGAGGCGCAGCGCUCCUUCCUGUACGUGACGAGCGACGAUCUGACGUCCGUGUUCGGCGACAGGCGGCAGCUGCUCGUGCUGAGCGAGAACGAAUUUGCGCCGAGAAGCAAUAACCAGUCAUCAUCGGUGAUGAUGAUGAUGAUGAAGGCGGCAGCGUACGCGGCUGCUGCUGAUGGUGGUUCCGCUACCACUAGCCGAGGCCAGUCCUCCUCCUUCUCGCUGCUCUCCACCACACCCAACUGGCAAAUCACUCCCGAUCCCAUACCGUACGGGGGCAGCGUCCGGCAGCUGUGGGUGCGAUCGAAACCCAACGGACCACCACUGACGCUGAUGGUGCUGAAGGAACCGGCGGGAUCGUGUUACACGCGCCCAAGCCGACGAUCGGCAGUGCUACGGUUCGGGGCCGAACAGCGAUACGUAAAGCUGCCGGACCCGAUCGAGGAGGAAAAGCGGGAGGAGGAGGAGCAUGAGCAGGAGCAACCGAUAGCAGCAGCAGGAGGAUCGAAAAGUGCAAUAGAACAUCGGGAGCGACCGUGCGACCAUGGCCACGGUGCGCUCUCGUCGGAAUCGUCCUCCGAAGGGGGGCAGCAGCAGCAGAAGGAACCGGAAGAAUCAGAUGAAGACGAGUGCAUGAUCGCGCAGCAACGGGAACGGCUCGCUCGAAUACUGCUGGACGAGCGGGACGAUGGCCGCCGCAGCCAGUACCGGCCGAACGGUUGGCGGAACCGGAAGCGGGAAACGCGCGGACUGGUGAAACCGUUCCUGGUGGUAAACCCACGGUUCUACGGCAACUACCCGUUCGCGCUCGGGCGGGACGAGGGUGUGUUUGAUCUGUUCGGGUACGGGACGGCCGGCAGCAAGCACAACCAAAGAGUGGUGGAAGAAGAACCGUCGACGACGACGAUGGUGACGAGCGCGGUUCAGGACAACGUGUCCGGUGAGGGGUAGAGUAGAAGGGACAGAUAUUAAAUUUGGACGGAAUUGGGACUAAUAAGUGCACGUUGACGUGACGAGAAGCGAACGCGUUAUUAUUAAUUUGUGGUAAUUUUAGAAUAAUUUUCUUUAACAAACAAGAUAACCCAAUCAUCCAGACUGCCAAGCCUAAGUGUAGUUUUUGUUUGCGUGAUGUGUAUGUGUGUUUUUUUUGAAUUUGUCAUUUGAUAAAGCACGCGUUUCCCAGUCCUUGCUCCCCUUCCACGAGCAUGUGGGAUGCAAAAAUAGUCUGUGUUUUAGGAUGUAAUUCUCGCGAGAGCCAGGAAUAUUCAGUAGAAUUGUGUAACUUUUCCUUUUUCGAUCGUACAAGUCAAGGAUCAAGGCUCAAAUUGUUCACGUCACCUUUAUCAUACGGGCGCUAAAUUAAAUUAAAUUUUCAUCCAUCGAUUUUCACGCAUCGGAGCGCCACAGACACACAUAGCAGUAAUGAAUUAGCAAGAGAAUUAUGCUAACAAUAAUUUCUAGACAAAUGAGAUAAUGAACUAAAGUGCGCGAGUCUUUCGGCAAAAAAAUAAAUGUAUAGUUCUCCCCCUUA